AUGAGUCAGCACCAUAAACUUGGAUUUAUUCUGUUCUUGCUCUUCUUUGGUCCAAUGGCAUCACUAUCAGACCCAGCAUUCGUCGGAACAUACGGAAUAAACUAUGGAAGACUCGCUGACAACAUUCCAUCCCCCGACAAAGUGGUCACUCUUCUCCGGUCAGCAAAGAUACGUAAUGUUCGUAUCUUUGAUGCUGACCACAGCGUGCUCACUGCAUUCAGUGGAGCAGGGUUCAAGCUCGUGAUCGGGCUUCCCAAUGGAUUUAUCAAAGACAUGAGCAGCAAUGCAAGCAAUGCUUUGAGCUGGGUCAAAGACAACGUCCAGAAAUUCAUGCCAGGAAUAUGUGGCGUGGCAAUAGGAAAUGAAGUUUUAGGAGGAAGCGAUGCCGAGCUCUAUGGUGCUCUUUUAGGUGCAGUCAAGAACAUCCACAGCGCUCUAAGCCAGCUCGGGUUAUCGGAUGCAGUUCAAGUCUCCACAGCUCACUCGCAGGCCGUCUUCUCCAACUCCUACCCUCCUUCCUCGUGUGUAUUCCGGGAGAACAUUGCUCAGUACAUGAAGUCGUUGCUGCAGUUCUUCUCGGAAGCAGGAUCCCCGUUCUGCUUGAACGCAUACCCAUUCCUCGACUACAUGAACGAUCCGGCAAGCAUCGACAUUAAUUACGCACUUUUCCAGAAGACGAAAGGGAUCUUCGAUCCGAAGACUGAGCUGCACUAUGAUAACAUGCUUGAUGCCCAGAUAGAUGCUGCGUAUGCUGCUCUGGAAGAUGCAGGGUUCGACAAGAUGGAAGUUAUAGUGACAGAGACGGGGUGGGCUUCUAAAGGUGACGGGAAUGAAGCUGCUGCAACCCCAGAGAAUGCAAGGAUUUACAAUUUUAACCUGCGUAAGAGGCUGGCAAAGAAGAAAGGCACUCCUAGGAGGCCGAAGAACGUGGUGAAGGCAUAUGUUUUUGCUACUUUUAACGAGAAUCAGAAGCCUGGUCCGACUUCUGAGAGGAAUUUCGGCCUCUUUAAGCCGGAUGGGAGCAUUGCCUAUGAUGUUGGGUACAAAGGGCUUAAAUCUUCUUCUGCUGAUUCAAUAGUUCUGUCAUUGAAGGGUUUUCCAGCUCGAGGUUUAUUGAGGUCGUAUCAGUUGGUUUCGACAAUCUGUACCCUGGUAUUGCUUCUGUUGUUAAGACAGUGA